AUGAAGGUGCGACACCUCAAGGUCGAGGAUAGGAAGCCGCUGCGCCUUUUUGAUGCCCAGUGGCCCUCGCGCUUCGCUCACUACCUGGGCGAGCUGGGGUGGACAGGCAGCGUGGAUGCGGACGGCAACGAGGCGGCCAUCGACUGGUUGGUGCGCUACGCGCUCAGCCUCGCCUACGACGACCACGCCGGCCUCUACAACGAGGCGGCGCAGGAGUACAAGCGCUCGCGAGAGCUCACCCACGCCAUACAGCAGCUCAACAAGAACACCGACUAUACGUCUGAGGAGUUCCGCGAAGCCGUCUUGUCAUUGGCUAACGUGCUGGGCCUGCCUCCGCACGAAGACACACUCGCCGUGCUCAAGGCCAUCGCGCACCUGGUCCAGCGGCGAUUCUCGGCCCCCGCCCUUGAGGAGGCACACCGGCAAGUGGGUGAAGACGCCCGUACCCACGAGAAGGGCGUACUCGAGAAGUUCCCCCUGGGCUUUUCCACGGGAGACUCGGAGCUGGACAAGGCGGCCACGGUGCUGCGACUGCUGUACGUGGCCGACCUGCGGGAGCUGCAGAGCAAGAUCAACCACCUCCUGGUCUCGGUCCAGAACUACACCGCCGAUCCCAAGUCGGACGUGCGACUGGGCAAGGUGGGCUUCUAG